GAUGUCCUGGUCGAAUAUCGCUUCACGAAUCGCACGCCCCAUAUGCGCCUGUCGAGAGAGGCCUUCGAUUGGCUAUCGUUGCAGAUUGACAAGCUGGAGAAUGUGAAGGUCACCCACGACGAGCUCGAGUGGCUCCGGAAGACAUGCCCAUAUCUCACGGCGGAGUAUCUUGACUAUCUGCAGACAUUUACUCUGCGCCCGAAAGAGCAAGUCACGGCCAGCUUUACCCCUCUUGUCGAAAACAGCGAGACUCCUACAACCUUGGGCGAUGUGAGUCUCGCUGUGCAUGGAGGGUGGAAAGAGACUAUUCUGUACGAGAUUCCGCUGCUGGCCCUCACGUCCGAAGCAUACUUCAAGUUUGUCGAGCGUGACUGGACGCAUGAAGGGCAAAGAGAAAAGGCGAAACACAAGGGUUUGCAGCUACUUGAGGCGGGCUGUGUGUUCAGCGAGUUUGGGAGUCGGCGACGCAGAGACUACAAGACACAUGAUCUGGUAAUUCAAGGACUUCUGGAGGCCAAGAAGGAGUCUCAUGGCAAGGAAUGGAAGGGUGCCCUCACUGGCACGUCAAAUGUUCACCUUGCUAUGCGGUACGGCCUGAACCCGAUCGGGACGGUUGCGCAUGAGUGGUUCAUGGGCAUUGCAGCUGUGACUCAAGAUUAUGCAAACGCGAAUGAGCACGCACUCCAAUAUUGGACAGGUACUUUUGGCCGCGGCGUGCUGAGCAUUGCCCUGACGGACACUUUUGGAACUCCCGCCUUCCUAAAAGCUUUUUCGAAGCCGGCGCCGACCAGUGGUCACAUAUCUGACGCGACAAGGGGUAACCCUACAUAUGCUGAGAUCUUUACUGGAGUGAGACAGGACUCUGGAGAUCCUCUAAAAUUCAUCGAAAUGAUGCGCACGUUCUAUGAUAGUCAAGGCAUCAAGGAUAAGAAGACGAUUGUUUUCUCGGACAGCUUGAAUGUUGAGAGAGCUAUUGAGUACAAGCAGGCCACCGAAAAGGCUGGCCUCACUGCAUCGUUCGGAGUCGGCACGUUUUUCACGAACGACUUUUGGAAUCCCAGGACUAACGAGAAGAGUGUACCCCUUAACAUUGUGAUCAAAGUCAGCAAGGCUGGCGGCAACAAUGCAAUCAAGUUAUCAGAUGAUGUUGGCAAGAACAUGGGCGAUGACAAAUUAGUGAAGCUGGUCAAGGAACAAGUAGGAUAUGCAGACAAGUCAUGGGCGGAUGGCGACGAGGCACAUCGCUGGGAUAAGUAAAAGUCUACGUCUUGCAUGACAGAAAAGUCGCUGGCGCAGGUCCAGAUCGGAGCGGAGAACGACCCCAGCUUGACCUUGACAGUCAUGGUGUCUUCUGGAUUUGAACCUGCGUGGUGCCGGCCUAAGUGAAUAGAAAGACGAGCCCGAACAAGGAAGCGGAAAGAAAGAAAAAUCACCAAGUGUGAUGUGAACUGAGCAAUCAUAGAAUAGACGAGAUACCCC